AUGGACACGCUCUCCGCUGGGGCUUCCAAUGUCAGGAAGUCGACAGAUCAGCUCUCGCGCGCUGCCUCAAGCAACGGCUAUUACUCUGACGGCACGGCUUCUUCAGCCGCCGACAUCUGCUCCUCCCUGCUCGAUACCUUUAGCACCAUACUCUCGGAGGCGGAUGGCUACAUUACACUUUUCGAAGGACGCAUCAAACUCGAAGAAGACUACAUUCGAAGUCUGAAAAUCUCGCUUGAACGGCAGAAGGAGCUCGAUACCAAAGUUAACUCCAAGAUUGUCGGCGAUGUGGGCCUUAUGGCCGACGCACAGCGAUAUCCUGGACUGAGGCGUGUCUGGCUUGAGAUGCGCCAGAACGAUCAGCGAGAACUCGAAGCAAGGUCCUACAUGGUCGAAACAUGUCGACAGGGUGUCCUGGCGCCGCUCUUGGCCUUUCGCGACGCUCAAGAACGGAUCCGUAAACGCGUCAAGGAGGACGUGCGCAAUAGCCUGGCGCAAUACGACGAGAUGCGCAACGUCAGUCUACCCAAGAUUCGACGCACGUACGAAAAGAGGGCCGAGGAGGUGGAGCAACUCCAGCUUCAAGCUCAAGCCGUCGAAGACCAGCGCACGUUGCUAAGCACACGAAUCGCCGACCGCGAGCCAACUGCCACCGGUCACAGCCGUCAAGCGUCUCAACCAGACUUUAACCCCGCAACUGCAUCGCCUACCUCGACCUACUCUAUCUCUGGUGAUGGCGGUACAUACUCCAGCCUCAUACGUCACAAGAGCAGCCACACUCGUCGUCACUCGCGACGUCGCUCCAAUGCAUCGACCAGGUCGCUCGGUACUUCAGCCAGGGCUAACGAGAGCUCUGACGAAAGAUUCACGAUUGGAUCGCCUCCCACUACCGAGACGAAUCUUCCAGCUACCACCUCUUCCCUCUCGACUUCACCGCCGAGUCCGAACACCGAAAAGGCAAAGCCCAACUUUUUCGAUGUAUUCAAAUCGCGAGAGGGCUGGGAUGCCGCCCGAAAGGAAGCGCCGAAGAAGAUCGGUGCGCUUAUCAACAGAAUGCGCGACAGCGGCCAAACUGGGGCUGGCAUUGGUGACGGUGUGCCCCCUACUCCUUCGAUGAGUGAGACGCUUCUUGGCACGUUUGGCGGUGGUAGUAACAAUAAUCCCUACAAGGCUACGCAAACCAUCGCAGCCAAGCAGGCACGCGCCAAGCGCGAGGUGGAGGAAGCCGACAAGGCGUAUCGCAAGGCCAUUUUUGACUUGGAAACAUUGCGUCUGCGCAGGCUCAGAACGCUUAAGGCCGCCGCUGCAUCCGUGAUAGAAUGCCGCACCGAACUCGCGCACACGGCUCAAGCAGUGUGGCUGCAAUCCGAACGCUCUCAGAUCGUGCUGCACAACAAGAGCAGUGGUCUGCAUCAGCACAGUGAAGACUUGGUCAAGACAGCACUGGAUGAUUUAGAUGACGAGCUCAGAUCGAUGGAAGAGAAUUUGCCCGGUGCCAGAACUCUGGAGGACAAGAGAGUGUCGUACGUCAAUUACUGGCACGGCGAGCUCAAGAACCUGAUCUUCGGAACGCCUCUGACCGACUAUCCGCUCACUGUACCGUAUCGCCUUCGGGACACAGUUGCACCGCCUCUUAUCGUCACCAAGUGCAUCGACUUUAUCGAAAUGCAUGCGAUCAAUCUGCCUGGCAUCUACCGCAUCUCGGCCAAACAGUCGAGCGUCAAGCAGCUGGCUCUGGCUAUCGAAAAGGACGAGCUGGGCUUUCAGUUUGACCCAGCCAAGGACGAGCCAGCUGCCGUUGCUGGCGUCUUCAAAGACUAUCUGCGUCAGUUGCCCGAGCCAGUGCUUGCUAUACCAUGGGCAGAGAGAAUCAAGUACACCCACGAGAGGGAAGAGCACAUCCGCACCGGAUUCGCCACUCUGAAAGGAAAGAUUCGUCGACUGCCGCCAAUUCACCAGAUCACGCUCAAAGUCAUCGUUCAGCAUCUUAGCAGAGUGGCUCAUCACGCAGACCAAAACAAGAUGACUGCCGCCAACUUGAGCGUCGUGUUUUCGCCGUGUCUGCUGUCCGAAGCCGACCACGAGACGACGAGCGUAGCCGCUGCAAUGGAGGAGGACAAGACCAUGGAGGAUCUGAUCCUGUACUGCAACGACAUAUUUGAUCUCAAGACGGCAGGCGCACCGUUGCUGCCGCCGAUCUCUUCGACGCGCGCUGGCGAGCUUUCCAGAGUUGGUCAGAGUGCCGCAGAUGCAGCGUUUGCAGCCUCAUCAUCCAUCCCCGACAGUUCCAUUGGCAUGCCUUCGCCCUCGGAUAUGCCGAUUGUCACUGGCGCCAAUCUGAAGAGAAGCAACGCAAUCACGCCUGCGACAGCUGUAGGUAGUGAUGGCGGCGCGGAUGCUGUAGCCAAUCACUCGAGACAUGCCAGCGGAGGUUUGGCCAACAGCGGUACCGUUGAUCUUGCUGCGGAUGAACUGCAAGCUCAAACAUUCGGUACGGAUCUGACGCAUGCUCAAGCGCUGCCUCGGCUUCAGACUGCAGAUCUGAGCGUGAACGUGGGUCGGGGAUCCAACAGCGAUAUUGUUGCUGGCUCAGAACGGAUGCAGGUUGCUCGAGCAGCUCAGCGUGCUGGAACAGACCCGAGCCCCAGUGACAACAUGGCGUGCGCGAUAGAUGUUAGCGAGAGCUUGCAGCCUGCACCGCGCUCGAGCACAGGAUUGUCUGGGGAAGAAGGACAGAUUUAUCUUGCUGCUACCUCAGCUGGCGUGCGGCCACCACUCACAGCGAAUUGCAAUGGACCGCUCACGCCCGGUCUGCUCAGUCCUGCCUCGCUGCGAUCACCGCUUGAGAAUGUGAUCGAUUCUGCGCAAGCUUCGCAAGGCCAUCCAACACCCACGACAGAGCUGACCGAUGCCGACCAUGAUCUUUGCAUGACGACGACUUUACCUCUCAAGUCUGAGAGCUAG